AGACACCGCUCGACCCGGGCGCAGCGCGCAGGCGGUGGCGGAGAGACGCCGAGCGGGCCGAGUGCGGCCGAGCAAAGCCGGAGCCGGAGCGGGGCCGCAGGAGCCGGGCCGGGUCCGGCCCGGCCGAGAUGCCCUAUAAACUGAAGAAGGAAAAGGAGCCCCCCAAGCUUGCCAAAGGCACGGCCAAGCCCAGCAGCUCAAGCAAGGAUGGUGGAGGCGAGAACGCCGAGGAGGCCCAGCCCCAGCCCCAACCCCAGUCUCAGCCGCAGUCAUCCAACAAGCGUCCCAGCAACAGCACACCGCCCCCCACGCAGCUCAGCAAAAUCAAGUACUCAGGAGGGCCUCAGAUUGUCAAGAAGGAGCGACGGCAAAGCUCCUCCCGCUUCAACCUCAGCAAGAACCGGGAGCUGCAGAAGCUUCCUGCCCUGAAAGACUCGCCAACCCAGGAGCGGGAGGAGCUGUUCAUCCAGAAGCUGCGCCAGUGCUGCGUCCUCUUCGACUUCGUGUCCGACCCGCUCAGCGACCUCAAGUUCAAAGAGGUGAAGAGGGCAGGACUCAACGAGAUGGUGGAGUACAUCACCCACAGCCGCGACGUCGUCACUGAGGCCAUUUACCCUGAGGCCGUCACCAUGUUUUCAGUGAACCUCUUCCGGACACUGCCACCUUCAUCAAAUCCCACAGGGGCCGAGUUUGACCCAGAGGAAGACGAGCCCACGCUGGAAGCUGCAUGGCCACAUCUCCAGCUCGUGUAUGAGUUUUUCUUACGUUUCCUCGAGUCUCCUGAUUUCCAGCCAAACAUUGCCAAGAAGUACAUUGACCAGAAGUUCGUCCUUGCUCUACUGGACUUGUUCGACAGCGAGGAUCCUCGAGAGCGGGACUUCCUCAAGACCAUUUUGCAUCGCAUCUAUGGCAAGUUCUUGGGGCUCCGGGCUUAUAUCCGUAGACAGAUCAACCACAUCUUCUACAGGUUCAUCUAUGAGACGGAGCAUCACAACGGGAUUGCUGAGCUCCUGGAGAUCCUGGGCAGCAUCAUCAACGGCUUCGCCCUGCCCCUUAAGGAAGAGCACAAGAUGUUCCUCAUCCGUGUCCUGCUUCCCCUCCACAAGGUCAAGUCCCUGAGUGUCUACCACCCUCAGUUGGCAUACUGCGUCGUACAAUUCCUGGAGAAGGAGAGCAGUCUGACUGAGCCGGUGAUUGUGGGACUCCUUAAGUUCUGGCCCAAGACCCACAGCCCCAAGGAGGUGAUGUUCCUGAACGAACUAGAGGAGAUUCUAGACGUCAUCGAGCCUUCAGAGUUCAGCAAAGUGAUGGAACCACUCUUUCGCCAGCUUGCCAAGUGUGUUUCCAGCCCCCACUUCCAGGUGGCAGAGCGAGCGCUCUAUUACUGGAACAACGAGUACAUCAUGAGCCUGAUAAGUGACAAUGCUGCCCGCGUCCUCCCCAUCAUGUUCCCUGCACUCUACAGGAACUCCAAGAGCCACUGGAACAAGACAAUCCAUGGACUGAUCUACAAUGCCCUGAAGCUGUUUAUGGAGAUGAACCAGAAGCUGUUUGAUGACUGCACACAGCAGUACAAGGCGGAGAAGCAGAAGGGCCGGUUCCGAAUGAAGGAAAGAGAAGAGAUGUGGCAAAAGAUCGAGGAGCUGGCCCGGCUCAAUCCCCAGUAUCCCAUGUUCCGAGCUCCUCCACCGCUGCCCCCUGUGUACUCCAUGGAGACAGAGACCCCCACGGCAGAGGACAUCCAGCUCCUGAAGAGGACAGUGGAGACAGAGGCUGUGCAGAUGUUAAAGGACAUCAAGAAGGAGAAAGUGCUGCUCCGGAGGAAGUCGGAGCUGCCCCAGGACGUCUACACCAUCAAGGCACUGGAGGCGCACAAGCGGGCAGAAGAGUUCCUAACUGCCAGCCAGGAGGCGCUCUGACCCCUCACCUUUCCACCACAGGGCCACAGCCCACUCAGCCCUGGGACGCUGCCCCAGCCCUCCACCCUCUGCUCCCUAUCGGUUGACCUGGGGCAAGGCAGUGCCUCUCUAGCUGUUGUAGGGAGGGGGAUGCAGGCACUUGGAGCAGGGAUACCCACAAGGGGAUCUCUCUCCUCCCCAAAAUGUGUUCAUGCCUCCCUGUGGCUAG